UUAGACGCGAGUUUCGCGACUUGUGUAGUAAAGCAGCUAUAUCGUAGUUUCUUUUUCUUGCCCUGCGUUUUCGACUGCAGCGUUCAAUGUCCUACUCACCGCACUUCCAGAGUUCCACCUCAUCGCUAAUCUAUUCAUGUGGCUCGCCAUGUUUACUGCAGUGCAUGCCUCGGAUUUAGCUUGCGUCACGUAUUCGUCGCCGCGCGCGUUCUGAUCUUACAUCCGGAGCUACACAGCGAAGCUGUGACCGCUUCGCAUGGGAUGCAUCUCGAGUCCGUGCCUUGCGGCGCGGAGAUGAAUCGGUGGCCAACGAGGAAGACCUGAGGAGCGCCUGGUACCGGGGCAUGUCAUGAGUGGGACGGUGAGCCGUCCGACGACCGAAUUGCUCAGUCUCGGUGCACCAGCCGGCGCAAACACGGAGCAGCAAAAGCUCGCGACGUCCACGCCAUGCUCGUUCCCCGGCGAGAUGCCUCCGGGGGGCGAAAGCUGCGGCAAGGACGAGCUGAAAACGCAGUUCACGACGCGCGAAGGCACCUACAGGGUGCUCAGUUUGUCGGAGUACUCGCGACCCAACCGCGUCGGCUACAGCAGCAGCCAGUCCAACAGCCCCGUGAAGGUGUCCUUCGUGUCUCUAUCCGACGCCGCCGGGACCGAAGACCGCAUCUGCUUCAACGUGGGUCGGGAGCUCUACGUUUACAUGUACAGGGGCGUCAAGAAGGCAGCAGACCUAAGCAAACCUGUGGACAAGCGGGUGUACAAAGGAACAUACCCAACUUGCCAUGACUUCCACCCAUCGGCAACAGCAGAUGGUGGCCUACUGUUGCUUGUGGGCUUCUCUGCAGGCCAAGUGCAACUCAUAGACCCGGUGAAGAAGGAGCUGAGCCGGCUUUACAACGAUGAGCGGUUUAUCGACAAGACGCGAGUGACGUGUCUCAAGUGGCUACCAAACUCAAAUAGCCUGUUCUUGGUGUCGCAUGCCAGUGGCCAACUGUAUGUGUACAAGGAGGAUUUGCCAUGUGGCUCCACACCACCACACUACCAGCUGUUCAAGCAGGGUGAUGGGUUUAGUGUGUUCACGUGCAAGACGAAAAGCACACGCAAUCCUCUCUACCGCUGGGUGGUUGGAGAUGGUGCGCUGCACGAGUUUGCCUUCUCCCCGUGUGCCCGAUACCUUGCCACAGCUAGUCAGGACGGCUUUCUGCGCAUAUUCUGCUACGACACCAUGGAUCUCGUGGGUCUCGUGCGCAGCUACUUUGGAGGUCUUCUGUGCGUCUGCUGGAGCCCCGACGGGAAAUAUGUUGUGGCUGGUGGGGAGGACGACUUGGUGACAGUGUGGUCCUUUCAGGACAAGCGUGUUGUGGCGCGUGGCCAGGGUCAUCGAUCGUGGGUGCAGGGAGUGGCCUUCGAUGCCUGCCUCGAAGGCGGGCAUGCCUCGGGUGACUGCCCCGCUGACACCUCGUACCGCUUUGGCUCGGUUGGCCAGGAUACGCAGCUCUGCCUCUGGGACCUGACCGAGGACGUACUCAAGCAGCCCCGUGCGCCCCGUGCCUCGCUGCUGCUCACUGGCAGCAACAGCCCCAAUGCCGGUGGUGCACCUCCGGCCCCUCAACAGACGCGGCAGCAGCAGCAGCAGCAACAGACGCGCAGCAACAACACUUCCACUGUGGGGUCUCACCAGCGUUUGGUGGGCAGCCCUGCCUGCCCGCGGCUUGACGAGGUGCCAAUGCUUGAGCCACACAUCUGCAAGAAAGUUGCGCCUGAGCGGCUCACCGCACUUGUUUUCAGGGAGGACUGCCUUGUGACUGCCUGCCAGGAGGGCUAUGUGUGCACCUGGGCCCGCCCUGGGAGGGCUUCGACUGUCGUCUGACACUGGCCACUUAGAAGUGUGUCCAAUAAACCAGCUGCCUUGGCUUGCCACUGAAGGCUGUUUUUCUUUCCAA